AUGUCCAAACUGGAACCGAUUUGGCAGAAUUUGCCAUUACACUUCAAAUCAAAAUGUGUACAAAAAUUGGAUUAUAAAAGUCGUUGCUCGCUUCGAAAAUGCUCCAAACUCGACAUGCACAUUGUGGAUAUCUCUCCAAAUAAUCUGAAUUCUCUGGCUAUCAAUACCUACGAAAAUUACUCAUUUUUAUCAUGGUCCAACGAUGGGGACACAGUUUUCUCGGUGAAAUAUUUCAAAAAUUUGGGAGAAUCCGAUAUGAAAAUUGAGUUUUCUGCUUCUCCAUCCGUCUAUUUACCCGGCAAAAAUCAAAAAUCGAUAUUCAAAAAAUCGAUUUUUCUGGAGAAUUUGGAUCCGGACUCCGAUGACCUGGAUUUUGUGCUCAGCGAUUUCAAAAUCGCCCAAAAGAAGUUAAAUUGCAAGAAAUCAAUAAUCAACGACUUCAUUCUGAAAGAAUAUCACCCCAUUGCUCAUCCGGAUCGUACCAUGGAAUUCCGUGAACGUCUUCUGAAUCAGAUGACGUCAUCCGGUCAAAAAAAUCAGAUAAAAACCGAGAUUUUGCACUUAAAAUGGCACAAAAAUCCGCAAGAAAUUGCCGAAAUUCUGAAAAUGUUCGAAUCGAAAAAUCUGAAAAAAUUGGAGUUUUCUGAUAGAAACGCCACGUGGCAAAUGGCUGAAAUUACAAAAACUGAGCAAUGGAUUAAAGCUGAGCAAUUGUGGAUGGAAGUGAUGGCGGAGGAUUUGAAAAUUGAAGAUUUUCGGCAUUUUUCGGAAAUUCAAAUGCACGUCAGAGAUUUGGAGGAGAAGGACUUGUGGAGUGUUAUACAGAACUUCCGCUCCAAAAAUCGAUAUGGUGCAUCGUUCCACUUCACCUAUCGUCAAGGGGAGCCCGAUUUGCAGCGGAUUUUGGCAACGUUCAAUGUGAUUCCAGACGAUAAACCGAUAAGAGCAGCCACACAGAUAAGAUCCAUACUGGAACGUCGUAUCAAUCACACUCAACGAUUCCAAUUAUCAAAUCCGGAUCUUAUUUUGGUCGUUAUGAUUGCUGAUAAGGAAGUCUGGGGUACUGUAUGCCACGUGGCAAAUGUCGAUGUGGAGGCAAAAGUGGAAACUGGAAUGUUGAGAUAA